AUGUUGGCUCAUCUCGCAAUCGUUUCUGCUUCACUACUAGCAGCACCACUAGCAGCUGCAGCUCCUGCAGCCGCUGUUCACCACCACGACCGUCGUGACGCGGUCACGACGGUCGUCCAGUACGUGGACAGCAACGGCAAUCCUGUCAAUGCCGGCAGCAACGUGGCUACCAGCUCUCCUGCUGCAGCUUCGUCGUCUGGUUCGUCGUCUGGUUCGUCGUCUGGUUCUUCAUCCUCUUCGGCUCCUGCUUCUUCUUCCUCCUCCUCCUCCUCCUCCUCUUCCUCCUCCUCCGGCUCGUUCCAAGACGGUACCAUCAAAUGCUCCGAUUUCCCCUCCGGAAACGGCGUCGUUGAACUUUCUUGGGUCGGUCUCGGGGGUUGGGCCUCCGUCAUGGCCCAGGACGGCAGCACCUCCCAAAGCUGCCAAGACGGCUUCUUCUGCUCGUACGCUUGCGAACCGGGCAUGUCCAAGACUCAAUGGCCUUCCAACCAGCCCUCAGACGGCAGAUCCGUCGGUGGUCUAGAGUGCCGCAACGGAUACCUGUACCGUACCAACAAGGACACCGAUAACUUGUGCGAACAAGGCACCGGAAGCGCCUACGCUGUCAACAACAAAAACUCCCAGAUCGCCAUGUGCCGCACAGACUACCCUGGUUCCGAAAACAUGGUUAUUCCAACCGUGGUCGACGGAAACUCCAAGCAGCCUGUUUCGGUUGUCGAUGAGGACUCGUACUACACCUGGGGUGGUAAGAAAACCUCUUCUCAGUACUACGUCAACAACGCCGGUGUCAGUCAAGAAGACGGUUGUAUUUGGGGUACUGAUGGUUCUGGCGUCGGUAACUGGGCCCCCGUUGUCUUGGGUGCCGGUCACACCAACGGCAACACCUACUUAUCCAUUAUUCCUAACCCAAACAACAAGACUCCUCCUAACUUCAACGUCAAGAUUGAGGCUGCCGAUGGCGGUUCUAUCAAUGGCGAGUGUUCUUACGAAAACGGUCAAUACUCGGGUUCAGGAUCUGACGGAUGUACUGUUACAGUAACUUCUGGCUCCGCCAACUUCGUCUUCUACUAA